AAGGUGUAUUUAUUUGUAGAACUUUGCCAGUUUCUUUCAGUGUGUGAUGCGCACGCACUGAAAAAUUUAGCUAACGACUGUUUUAGCUUAAUGUGUUUUCUAUGAUAAAUUUGUCGCUUGUACCGUUAGCUAAAUCAUUAAACUUUUAAAAGUAUUUGUUUACCCGUUUUUAUGUUAAGAUAAUAGUUUUAUCUCAACAUUUCAGUUGGAAAUCUUAUGUCCACUGUUAAACUACCACCGAUUAUCAGGUUGCUUCUUUAGCGCUCUGCGUUUUAAUGUGAAAUUCUCCUAAUGUUACCAGAACGUUUCUAGUUGAGUGGAAAAAGGUCUCCACUCAACAAAUCUUUGUGAAUUGUCUUUAAAUUUAGUAUAUACCGAGGUGUCUACGUAAAUGAGAAUAUAAUCAAGUUAAUUUAAAAAAAGUUUAGAUUACUCUGUUUUAAGCCUCCACUUAACGCCGUGUCAGUUUUAUUUUGACUAAUGCUCAUGGUAAAAACUUUAUAAUAUCUAGGGAUCGUAUAUAAUCCACAUUAAACAAGGGAUUUCAAACGUUGGCCCUCUGAAAGAAUGUGUUUGUGCUGCACUAGAUAUCUGAUCCUGCAUGAAUUACUACAUCAAUUCAGCAGAAUGGAUUAAGGAGAAGAUCGGCCCCUGUAGCUGGUACGCAACAUGAACAGCAGUGGUCCAGCGUAUCCUCUGGCCUCUUUGUAUGUUGGGGACCUGCACCCUGAUGUUACAGAAGCCAUGCUAUAUCAGAAGUUUUCUCCCGCUGGACCCAUCAUGUCAAUCCGCGUGUGCCGGGACAUCAUAACCCGGAGAUCCCUUGGAUACGCCUACAUAAACUUCCAGCAGCCAGCUGACGCGGAGUGUGCCCUAGAUACGAUGAACUAUGACGUCAUUAAGGGUCGACCCAUUCGGAUAAUGUGGUCUCAGCGUGACCCAGGUCUCAGGAAGUCUGGUGUGGGAAACAUCUUUAUCAAGAACAUGGAUGAGUCCAUUGACAACAAGGCGCUGUAUGAUACCUUCUCUGCCUUUGGCAAUAUUUUAUCCUGCAAGGUUGUCUGUGAUGAGAAAGGAUCAAAAGGCUAUGGCUUUGUUCACUUUGAGACUCAGGAAGCUGCAAAUCGGGCCAUUGAAACAAUGAAUGGGAUGCUUCUGAAUGACAGAAAAGUGUUUGUUGGCCACUUCAAGUCUCGCAAGGAAAGGGAAGUUGAGUUUGGCUCCAAAGCUAUGAAGUUUACCAAUGUCUACAUCAAGAACUUUGGAGACGACUUCACUGACGAGAACCUGAAGGAGGUUUUUUCUGCUUUUGGGAGGACCCUCAGUGUGCGUGUGAUGAAGGAUGAGAAAGGACAAUCCCGAGGGUUUGGAUUUGUCAAUUAUGCUCACCAUGAGGAUGCUCAGAAGGCUGUGGAUGAAAUGAAUGGAAAGGAGCUUAAUGGGAAGACCAUUUACGUAGGUCGCGCUCAGAAGCGUAUGGAGCGCCAGGGGGAGCUGAAGCGCAAGUUUGACCAGAUCAAACAGGAUCGCAUCCAACGCUAUCAGGGGGUGAAUCUGUAUGUGAAGAACUUGGAUGAUAGCAUAAAUGAUGAUAGACUCCGGAAGGAAUUUUCUCCUUAUGGUACAAUCACAAGUGCUAAGGUGAUGACUGAAGGUGGCCAAAGCAAGGGCUUUGGCUUCGUCUGCUUCUCUUCUCCAGAGGAAGCAACCAAAGCAGUGACUGAAAUGAACGGGAGAAUUGUUGCAACCAAGCCGCUGUAUGUUGCGCUGGCGCAAAGGAGGGAGGAGCGUAAAGCUAUUCUAACUAACAAGUACAUGCAGAGACUCGCUACCCUGAGGACCAUGAGCAACCCAGUCAUCGACUCGUACCCUCAGUCAGGAUACUACAUGACCGUACCACAGCCUCCCACUCGCUCUUUCUACAACCACAGUGCUGUCAGCAACCUGAGACCAGUCCCUCGUUGGAUGGGGCAGCCGCCCAGAGCCCAGGGACCUUACUCAGCCCAGUAUAUAGGGAGUCCUCUUCCUCGUCGUGGUUCACCAACCAUCACUACAGUCCGACAAGCUUCCACUCAGGCUCCACGCAUCAUAACCUCCUCACAAAAGACGAAUAACAUAGGGACGCAGACUGGAGGAGUGCCCAGAGGAAAUCAGUACAAGUAUUCGUCUGGAGUGAGGAACCCUCUGCAUGUCGUUACGGUUCCUGCUCCCAUGACGAGACCACAGGUUGCUCCUGCGCCUGUGGCUGAACCAGUCGUUCACAUUCCAGGCCCAGAGCCUCUGACCGCUUCAAUGCUGGCUGCAGCUCCACUCCUGGAUCAGAAACAACUCCUUGGGGAGCGACUGUAUCCACUGAUUCACGCCCUUCACCCAACCCUGGCAGGAAAAAUUACAGGGAUGCUGCUAGAGAUCGACAAUUCAGAGCUGCUGCACAUGCUGGAGUCACCGGAGUCCCUGAACUCUAAGGUGAAAGAGGCAAUCGCUGUCUUGCAGGCUCACAAGGCAAAAGAGUGUUCUCCAAAAAAGUAAAACAAUUUAAGGUGUGAACAUUGUUCUAGAAGAGAAAAAAGGUUCUAAGUAUAAAUUUUGGGAAAAAGAGCAAAAAUAAAACUCGACAUGUUUAGAACGAUAGUGAAAUAUUUCUGAAGUUCAAGCUAUUUUGUUGUUGCAGUGACUUUUGUUAGAAGAUAAAAUUUCCAGAAUAUGCAUUAAA